AUGACAGAUCAUGGCAGAUCAUGGCAGAUCAUGGCAGAUCAUGGCAGAUCAUGGCAGAUCAUGGCAGAUCAUGGCAGAUCAUGGCAGAUCAUGGCAGAUCAUGGCAGAUCAUGGCAGAUCAUGGCAGAUCAUGACAGAUCAUGGCAGAUCAUGGCAGAUCAUGCAACCUUAGCCUUAAACUGUGACCCAGCCUUACAUUGGGACCCAGCCUUAGCCUUACAUUGUGACCCAGCCUUACGUUAUGAUCCAGCCUUACAUUGUGACCCAGCCUUAGCCUUAAACUGUGACCCAGCCUUAGCCUUACAUUGUGACCCAGCCUUACAUUGUGACCCAGCCUUAGCCUUAAACUGUGACCCAGCCUUAGCCUUACAUUGUGACCCAGCCUUACAUUGUGACCCAGCCUUACAUUGUGACCCAGCCUCAGCCUUACAUUGUGACCCAGCCUUAGCCUUAAACUGUGACCCAGCCUUACAUUGUGACCCAGCCUUAAACUGUGACCCAGCCUCAGCCUUACAUUGUGACCCAGCCUUAGCCUUAAACUGUGACCCAGCCUUACAUUGUGACCCAGCCUUAGCCUUAAAUUGUGACCCAGCCUCAGCCUUACAUUGUGACCCAGCCUUAGCCUUAAACUGUGACCCAGCCUUAGCCUUACAUUGGGACCCAGCCUUAGCCUUACAUUGUGACCCAGCCUUACGUUAUGAUCCAGCCUUACAUUGUGACCCAGCCUUAGCCUUAAACUGUGACCCAGCCUUAGCCUUACAUUGUGACCCAGCCUUACAUUGUGACCCAGCCUUAGCCUUAAACUGUGACCCAGCCUUAGCCUUACAUUGUGACCCAGCCUUACAUUGUGACCCAGCCUUACAUUGUGACCCAGCCUCAGCCUUACAUUGUGACCCAGCCUUAGCCUUAAACUGUGACCCAGCCUUACAUUGUGACCCAGCCUUACAUUGUGACCCAGCCUUACAUUGUGACCCAGCCUUACAUUGUGACCCAGCCUUAGCCUUAAACUGUGACCCAGCCUUAGCCUUACAUUGUGACCCAGCCUUACAUUGUGACCCAGCCUUACAUUGUGACCCAGCCUUAUAUUGUGACAAAGCCUCAGCCUUACAUUGUGACCCAGCCUUAGCCUUAAACUGUGACCCAGCCUUACAUUGUGACCCAGCCUUACAUUGUGACCCAGCCUUACAUUGUGACCCAGCCUUACAUUGUGACCCAGCCUUACAUUGUGACCCAGCCUUACAUUGUGACCCAGCCUUAGCCUUAAACUGUGACCCAGCCUUAGCCUUACAUUGUGUCCCAGCCUUAGCCUUACAUUGUGACCCAGCCUUAGCCUUACAUUGUGACCCAGCCUUAGCGUUACAUUGUGACCCAGCCUUAGCCUUACAUUGUGACCCAGCCUUAGCGUUACAUUGUGACCCAGCCUUAGCCUUACAUUGUGACCCAGCCUUAGCGUUACAUUGUGACCCAGCCUUAGCCUUACAUUGUGACCCAGCCUUAGCGUUACAUUGUGACCCAGCCUUACAUUGUGACCCAGCCUUAGCCUUAAACUGUGACCCAGCCUUAAACUGUGACCCAGCCUUAGCCUUACAUUGUGACCCAGCCUUAGCCUUAAACUGUGACCCAGCCUUAGCCUUACAUUGUGACCCAGCCUUAGCUUUAAACUGUGACCCAGCCUUAGCCUUACAUUGUGACCCAGCCUUAGCCUUACAUUGUGACCCAGCCUUAGCCUUAAACUGUGACCCAGCCUUAGUCUUACAUUGUGACCCAGCCUUACAUUGUGACCCAGCCUUACAUUGUGACCCAGCCUUACAUUGUGACCCAGCCUUACAUUGUGACCCAGCCUUACAUUGUGACCCAGCCUUAGCCUUAAACUGUGACCCAGCCUUAGCCUUACAUUGUGACCCAGCCUUAGCUUUAAACUGUGACCCAGCCUUAGCCUUACAUUGUGACCCAGCCUUAGCCUUACAUUGUGACCCAGCCUUAGCCUUAAACUGUGACCCAGCCUUAGUCUUACAUUGUGACCCAGCCUUACAUUGUGACCCAGCCUUACAUUGUGACCCAGCCUUACAUUGUGACCCAGCCUUACAUUGUGACCCAGCCUUACAUUGUGACCCAGCCUUAGCCUUAAACUUUGACCCAGCCUUAGUCUUACAUUGUGACCCAGCCUUACAUUGUGACCCAGCCUUACAUUGUGACCCAGCCUUACAUUGUGACCCAGCCUUAAACUGUGACCCAGCCUUAGCCUUAAACUGUGACCCAGCCUUAGCCUUAAAUUGUGACCCAGCCUUACAUUGUGACCCAGCCUUACAUUGUGACCCAGCCUUAGCCUUAAAUUGUGACCCAGCCUUAGCCUUACAUUGUGACCCAGCCUUAGCCUUACAGCUAGGAGUUCAUGUUAUGUCGUUAUUAAAGACAACUUUUAAAGUAGACUAA